AGGAGGUGGGGGGGGGGGGAUUUAAAAGCGAGAAGCAGCCAAAAGUUUUGGGGGAAAGUAUGCAGCAAAUCAAACCCUUUAACUUCCGACUUCAGGGUGGUCUGAACUCCCAGACUGAGAAUGGAAUAUGUAUAGCAGGAGGAAUUAAUGACUUGCUCUGAACACGACUUUUUUUACAUAGAGAUAUAUAUAUAUACAUAGACGUAUAUAAUCCACAUAUAUAUAAUGCGUCUUGGGGUUUUCUCUGGGAAGAAAAGGUGGUGGGGGGGAAAAAAAGAACUUUCGUUUCGUCAAAUAAAAGGGAAGAGUGUGGGUUGUGCGUUGCGGAUGGGAGCAAAGAAGAACGACUUUUGACCAACUUUCAAUGAAGAUUUUUUCCCCCCCCUCUUUCUUGAGGGAAGGGUGGAUUUUUUUCUAAUCUCUGGUCAAGACGAGACCUUUUUUUUUCCCCUCGGGGUGUCUGGAUUUUGCUUUCAUGUGCCUCCAAGUCAUAUUUUGAGAGAGAGAAUUCAAAUUGGGAUUUUAUUGCUUCAAUCAACUGAGUCUUAAUUGCAUCUUCCCCCUCCCCCAGGUCUUGACAGCGUUGGACUAUGAGCGUGUGUGAUGGAAGCCCGUCUCUACCCUGUGACCAUCUCUGAGGGCAGAACACGAGAGGAGCAGGGCAACAAGGGAGACCCACUGACCAACAACCCCCUUCGCGGCACCUGCCCAGGUUUCUCCGCCUUUCCCGCUCCGAUGCCGGUGGAGACUCUGUACCAUGAGGGACAUUAUUCGUACGACUCCAACCCUCACCACACCAUCCGCGGCGUCGCUUCCUCGGGGAACCUCGCUUACUCGGAUCGACUUCUCCCAAGAAUGUCUCCACAUCAACACCAGCCCAGCGACGUACAGUCAGUGUUCAACAGCCCCCAACCCCCGCACAGCCACUGCAUGGAGCCACAUCUCAGGCCAGGACAUGACCAGUGCCUCUCCUUCAUAACCGCACCCAGGACAACAACAGAAGGUGAGUGACAA